ACAUUCAUUCAGUACUCCAGCGGCGAUGGCGCCGUCGCCAAGAGGGUCCAGACCGACACCGCAAGUUCUCCUCCCCCUCCGAGGAGCAUUGGUGCACCGCGGUUCCGCGCCCUCGCGCGAUUUCAAUCUCCUCUUCGGACGUCACUCGCCAAUUCUCAGGGUUUGGCUGGAUCGGGGCGGUUUCGAGGGUUUAAGACGCUGGAGUAAUUGGAAGAGGCAGUAGCAAUGGCGGGCGAGAGGAAGAGGAAGUUGAGCCUGUUCGACGUUGUGGACGAGUCCGUCAAUGGAACCGAGAAGAUGAAAGCGAAUGGCGGUCCCGUGCUGAACCCUCACACCGGCAGGCCGUACUCGGCGAAGUAUUUCGAGAUUUUGGAGAAGCGGCGCACGCUGCCGGUGUGGCAGCAGAAGGCGGAGUUUCUGAACAUCCUGGCCAAGAACCAGACGAUGAUUCUGGUGGGAGAGACUGGUUCCGGAAAGACCACGCAGAUUCCCCAAUUCGUGGUGGAAGCAGGGUAUACGAGCAACAGGAAGCAAGUGGCUUGCACGCAGCCAAGAAGGGUGGCGGCCAUGUCAGUGUCGCGGCGUGUUGCGGACGAGAUGGACGUGACCAUUGGAGAUGAGGUCGGGUACAGCAUUCGUUUCGAGGAUUGCAGCGGGCCGAAGACGACGUUGAAGUAUUUGACGGAUGGUAUGCUGUUGCGAGAGGCCAUGACGGAUCCUUUGCUGGAGCGGUACAGAGUGAUCAUCCUGGACGAAGCGCACGAGAGGACGUUGGCGACGGAUGUGCUGUUCGGGCUGCUGAAGGAGGUGUUGAAGAACAGGCCGGACCUGAAGCUGGUGGUGAUGAGUGCGACGUUGGAGGCAGAGAAGUUCCAGGCGUACUUCAACGGGGCGCCGCUGAUGAAAGUGCCCGGGAGGCUGCACCCGGUGGAGAUAUUCUACACGCAGGAGCCGGAGAGGGACUACCUGGAGGCGGCGAUUCGGACGGUGGUGCAGAUUCACAUCUGCGAGCCGGCGGGAGACAUCCUGGUGUUUUUGACGGGGGAGGAGGAGAUCGAGGAUGCGUGCAAGAAGAUAGGAAGGGAGGUGCAGAACCUGGGGGACCAGGUGGGGCCGGUGAAGGCGGUUCCGCUGUACUCGACGCUGCCGCCAGCGAUGCAGCAGAAGAUCUUCGAUGCGGCACCGCCACCGGCAAAGGACGGGGGACCGCCGGGGAGGAAGAUCGUGGUGUCGACAAACAUCGCGGAGACGUCGCUGACGAUCGACGGGAUCGUGUACGUGAUCGACCCGGGGUUCGCGAAGCAGAAGGUGUACAAUCCUCGGAUUCGAGUGGAGUCGCUGCUGGUUUCGCCGAUCUCGAAGGCGAGCGCGCACCAGAGGGCGGGGCGUGCGGGUCGAACGCAGCCGGGGAAGUGCUUCAGGCUGUACACGGAGAAGAGUUUCCAGAACGACCUGCAGCCGCAGACGUAUCCGGAGAUUCUGCGGUCGAACCUGGCGAACGUGGUGCUGACGCUGAAGAAGUUGGGGAUCGACGACCUGGUGCACUUCGACUUCAUGGACCCUCCGGCACCGGAGACGCUGAUGAGGGCGCUGGAGCUGCUGAACUAUCUGGCAGCGCUGGACGACGACGGGAAUCUGACGAAGCUGGGAGAGCUGAUGAGCGAGUUUCCGCUUGACCCACAGAUGUCGAAGAUGCUGGUGGUGAGCCCAGAGUUCAACUGUUCGAACGAGAUCCUGUCGAUCACGGCGAUGUUGUCAGUUCCCAAUUGCUUUCUGCGACCAAGAGAUGCUCAAAAGGCAGCAGACGAAGCGAAGGCUCGGUUUUCGCACAUUGACGGGGACCACCUGACGCUUCUGAACGUGUACCAUGCGUACAAGCAGAACGGUGAGGACGCCACGUGGUGUUACGACAAUUUCAUCAACGUGCGUGCGAUGAAGUCAGCUGACAACGUGCGGACGCAGCUGGUGCGCAUCAUGAAUCGGUACAACCUGAAGAUGUGCAGCACAGACUUCAACAGCCGGGAUUAUUAUGUGAGCAUUCGGAAAGCGAUGCUUGCGGGGUACUUUAUGCAGGUGGCUCAUCUGGAGCGGACGGGUCACUACCUGACAGUGAAGGACAACCAGAUGGUUCAUCUGCAUCCGUCGAGUUGUUUGGACCACAAGCCGGAGUGGGUGAUAUACAACGAGUUUGUGCUGACUACUCGGAACUUCAUUCGAAUAGUGACAGAUGUGCGUGGGGAAUGGCUGAUAGACGUUGCUCCGCAUUACUACGAUUUGAGCAACUUUCCGCAGUGCGAAGCUAGACGCGUGCUGGAAAGACUGUACAUGAAGCGCGAGAGGGAGAAAUCUGAGGCUAACGGUGGAAAGAGAUAGUCGGGGCUUUCAGGAUUGGUUCUCUGUGCUUUUGUGAAGUGUUGCCGAUGUUGGCUUGAUCGACAGCGUUUUGCACUCGUGUUCCAACCCGUUUUUUAGCAUAGAACCUUAGACGGUGAGACUGAAGAUGUUUCGCCUCAACAGGUCAUUUUAGGAAAUGUAAAAUGGGCAUUGGAAGGAAACUUGAUAUUAUUUAGAUUGCAGUGGCAAGUGAUUCUUAUUCGACAAUGUAUUCAUGAUUGUACCGAAGUUCUUUGACAGUUCCAUUUGUUUGAUGAAAUGAGAAGUCGUUGAGACUAUUCUUCGUGCA